AUGAAAACAAACACCCUUAUCGCAGGGCUUUCCCUGUCUGCCGCUACGUUGGCCAACGCUUGGUCCAUCCAGCACCCCUUUGCAUUCGACGACGACUUAUUGGACACUGCCGCUAAAUCCCUGGGAACCAGUAAGGAUGAAGUCCUCGGUUCAAUAUCUGAGAAUGUCAAGUCCGCCUGGGAUGACUUGCCAAAACUUUUCCCCAAGCAAGUAGCUGAAUUGGAAUUCUUGACUAAACCCAAGACUAGUAUCCAUAUCAAUAAGAAGAAUGAUUGGGAUUUCGUGGUGAAAAAUGAACCUGAAAAGGAGGUAUCUGAUUAUCAACUACGUGUGAACAAGAUCCAAGAUCCUAAAAUUCUCGGUGUGGACCCUAAUGUGACUCAAUACACCGGUUAUUUGGAUGUUGAGGAAGACGAUAAGCACUUCUUCUUUUGGUUCUUUGAGAGUAGAAAUGACCCCAAGAAUGACCCUGUCAUCUUAUGGUUAAGUGGUGGUCCAGGUUGUUCAUCCAUGACCGGUCUGUUCUUCGAAUUGGGCCCCUCUUCUCUAGGUAAGAAAUUAAAACCUAUUCAUAACCCAUAUUCAUGGAACUCUAACGCUUCUGUCAUUUUCUUAGAUCAACCAGUCAAUGUUGGAUUCUCAUACUCUGGUUCCAAAGGUGUCUCCAAUACAGUGGCUGCUGGUAAAGAUGUUUAUGCCUUCUUACAAUUAUUCUUCCAACAAUUCCCUGAAUAUGCCUCUGAUCAAGAUUUCCAUAUUGCUGGUGAAUCAUAUGCAGGUCAUUAUAUCCCAGUAUUUGCCGCAGAAAUUUUAUCUCACGAUGUAGAAGAAAGAAACUUUAACUUAACCUCUGUGAUGAUUGGUAAUGGGUUAACUGAUCCAUUAGUUCAAUAUGAAUAUUACGAACCAAUGGCAUGCGGGAAAGGUGGCGAACCAGCCGUUCUCAAGGCAGAAGAAUGUAAAGCAAUGAACGAUUCCCUAGACAGAUGUCUAGGUUUGAUUGAUUCAUGUUAUGAAUCAGAAUCCGUCUGGUCCUGUGUCCCAGCAUCUAUUUACUGUAAUAAUGCUCAAUUGGGUCCAUACCAACGUACGGGGAAGAAUGUUUAUGAUAUUAGAAAGAAGUGUGAAGGUGGUAACUUAUGUUAUCCUGCUUUACAAUAUAUUGAUGAUUAUUUGAACUUGGAUGAGGUAAAGAAGGCCGUCGGCGCAGAAGUGGAUCAUUUUGAAACUUGUAACUUCGAUAUUAAUCGUAAUUUCCUAUUUAAUGGUGACUGGAUGAAGCCAUAUCAAAAGGCUGUCACCAGUAUUUUGAAUCAAGACUUACCCGUGCUAGUAUACGCAGGUGACAAGGAUUUCAUUUGUAACUGGUUAGGUAACAGAGCAUGGACUGAUGUACUACCAUGGAAGGAUUCUGAAGAAUUUGCUAAGCAACCAAUCCGUAAUUGGACCGCUAAAGCUACAGGUGAGGUCGCCGGUGAAGUAAAGAGUUUCGGCCGUUUGACUUAUUUGAGAGUCUUAGGUGGUGGUCACAUGGUUCCAUAUGAUGUCCCAGAAAAUUCUUUGAGCUUUGUUAACGAAUGGAUCAAUGGUAACUUUACAUUAUAA